UCUACCACAAAUCACUCCACACAUCAACCAUCAAUAUGUCUGAGAUGAAGAAGAUCUUUACCUCCAACUCCAUGGCUCCUGUCGGCCCUUACAGCCAAGCAGUUCAGGUCGGCCAGCACAUCUUCGUCUCCGGUCAGAUCCCCGCAGACAAGAACGGCAACUUGGUCGAGGGCAGCAUCGCCGACAAAACCAAGGCUUCAUGUGAAGGCAUGAAGGCCAUCCUCGAGGAGGCUGGUAGCAGUAUCAGCAAGGUCAUCAAGACCACCGUCUUCCUUACCGACAUGAAAGACUUUGCCGAGAUGAACGGCAUGUACGAGCAGUACUUCUCACACAAGCCUGCUCGCAGCUGCGUUGCUGUCAAGGAGCUUCCAAAGGGCGUUCCUGUCGAGAUUGAGGCUAUUGCUCUCUCGUAAGCUGUUUCAAAGUGACAUCGGCUCUGUAUGCCCAAAUAGGAAGUCGAAUGCACUCAAACGUCUAAAUGCUCUAUUUCGCUUUCCAACUCUCACUUCCGUGUCUCUCGAACACGACCAGAUUCAUGUCGUGGCAAGAAGAGCAUUGCAACUUGUCUCUCCUCCAACGGUCCGAACCUCAGUAAGGCUGUACAAAGGCAAAGUCAUUUACCAGACCGGAAGAUCACUAGAGAGGGCACGUGAGUUAAUGACUUCAGAUGUAUGAUGCCCGGUUUCCAAAUGUAUUGUAAAUUGAACCAGCUACAUGUGUAACCAAGUAUUGCACACGGAGAGCGAUGCCUUGCAAAACCAUGCCCGGCAAAUUCCCCAUAGCCUCCUAAGUGUCAAACUGCCACUUCUGAAGACCACCCUUGAAACCUUCC